AUGGUGUUUGAGGAGCAGAAGGAGGCUUUGCAGGGCCUAUGGGAUCAGUCGGGCAGAGACCAGCUGCAAUGGUUUGUCGAAGACGACGUUGCCAUCAUGGUGUGGAAAGGCAGUCGCCGAGCCAGGUCUUUCAAGUUGACCGCUGGUAAGGAGGGCGAGCUUGUGUGGGGCUCCGGAAAGUUUAUUUUGGAUCCUGCCUUCAAGUCUGGCAGUAAGGCAGUUUGGCUGUCUGGCCAGGACAAGAGCCUUGCCUUCACUUGGGAGUUCGUAGGUGCUGAAGGUCCAUCGAAGGAGGGCGCUCCUGAGCCCAGAGUGAGGCGCAAAGGCAAGGGAGGCAAAGGAAAAGGAAAGGGUAGAGGGCUCGGAAAGGGCAAGGGUAAAGGAAAAGGAGAAGUCGGGAAGAGUGGCAAGGGCGGAAAGGCUGCAGCUGGAGGAAAGAAAGGGAAAGGUCUUUCCGGAAAGGGCGGAAAGUCCAAAGGCAAAGGAUCAAAAGGUGGCCAGGUGUUCCAGAGACACAUCGACAAAGCGGAUGGCGUGCCUCGCACGUACGAGGAGAUGUUGCUGCGCUAUGCCUACUCUUACUCCAGACUUGACAUCCUUGCCUAUUUCAUGGACUGUGUCGAAGAAUCAGCAGGUCAAGGGAAAGGCAAAGGCGGCAAAGGCGGCAAAGGUGGCAAAGGCAAAGGGAAGACCGGCAAGAUGAGUGGCAAAUCUGGUGGCAAGACCAGUAAGGGCACCACGAAAGGCCUGGUUCCAAGCCCUGGCAAGGGCCCUUCUUCCACAGCUCUCGAGGAUCGGCGCGCCUUGGUGCUGCAGGAUGGAAGGAGCUACACUUGGGAGCAGUUGAGAGCCUUUUAUGCGCCCACAUACACCAAGAAGCAAACAGAGGCUUAUUGGGAUGCGUUGCGCCCCACUGGUUGGACGCAAGGCAAGGGAAAGGCCGCCCUAGCAAUGCUUGCAAAAGGUAAAGGCAAGGCAAUGGGCUGA